UACUGAAGCCCUUUGAGCUGGCAACAUCUGCGUAUGCGCAGGUUUUAGUGAAUACCGUUCGUAAGAAACUUAAUAAGUGACAAGUUUGUGGUGUUGGGAACUUCCGGGUACAGCCUUUCCAGUGUCAAAGAUGGAGAGAAUGGAGAACGGAAAUCGGAAAAACCUUUAUUUGGUGACACUUUCAGUGUCCAUGGCAUUGAUGACGCUGGGCAUGUCUUCAGGUUGGCCAACACCAGUGCUACCGAAGUUCAAGAAUAACGAGACCAAAGUAGACAUUAAUCAGUAUGAAAUAUCAACGAUGCUGGCUGUAAACCCUGUGGGGUUUGCAGUAGGUGCCAUGGCCACUGGGUACCUGGCAGAUAGGUUCGGGAGGCGAGCUACUAUCCUGGGAAGUGCUAUACCUAUUGCACUAGGCUCGAUAAUUGCCGUGUUCGCGCUGAAAGCAUGGUUGUUGUGCAUAACAUCAUUCUCUUGGAGCUGCGGGACGGGAAUGGUCAGCACAGUAAGCAAUUACUAUCUAUCAGAAAUUGCUGACAAGGAUGUAAGGGGUACACUAGCAGGCAUUACGAGGUUCAUGUUCAAGUUUGGGACCCUUAUGACCAUGACAGUGGGUCCCUUCCUCUCUUAUGAUGCCAUAAACCUCGUCAUGUUGGUCAUUCCCUUUCUAUUUAGUACCGCGUGCUACUGGAUCCCAGAGACGCCCUAUUUUCUGUUGAAAAAUAACAAUCUGGAAGGUGCUCGAUCAUCGCUGAGAAUUUUAAGAAGAUAUAAAGAUGAGAAGGUUCUAGAAGACGAACUGCUGGCAUUACAAGCUCAUGUAAGACAUGAGAUGAGGCACUCCAGUUCUGUGAAGGAGUUGUUUACCGGAAGACAGUACAGAAGGGCUAUUAUUAUAGCUGUAGGUUUAAAAUUGACACAAAUGAUGACUGGCGCAGUUGUUACACGGCAGUAUUUGGGAUGGAUCAUUGAAGAGACCAAGACGGGCAUGAAGACAUCGCUCGCUCUUAUUGUCUAUGGCGUAGUCUCUUUUGGCGUUGGCAUGGUGUCUACAGUGCUAGUGGACCGAGUGGGUCGCCGGCCACUGCUUAUCUUCUCCUACAUUGGCACAGGAAUUUCCCUGGGAGCCGUCGGCCUUUACUUCUUCAUGCAAGAAGUCCUCGAGGUCACUACAGCCAGUUUAGCCUCGGUCAGCUUCAUACCACUCCUGGGUAUCAUCCUAGCCAACGUCAUCUCUACCAUUGGUUUCGAUUCCCUCAUCUUCGUAAUACCUGCAGAAAUAUUUCCUAUUAAUAUCAAAGCUAUUGCUUUUACCUGUCUAAAUCUCUUUUCUUCGGCUUUAGGAUUCAGUUUGGGCCUUGGGUAUCAGAGGGUUAAAGAUUUAUUUGGUUUAACUACCGUCUUUUGGAUCUUUGCUGCCUUCGCGAUUGGUGGGGCCGUGUUCAGUUACAUAUUUGUUGUGGAAACUAAAGGGAAACAAUUGGGAGACAUUCAAGCUGAAUUGCAAGGUGACAAAUACAACGCAGUCCCUCAAAAUGAUAAUGAUAAGUUGGAAAGUGUUAUAGAAAAAGACAAAUGUGAAGAAGCCACUGAAUUAAAGGUACUCAAAAGUUGAAAAUACUCUGUGACGCUUAUACCAGCAAAUAUUGCUGUUUAUUAUUUAUUAAAUCUCCGUAGAGUCCAUAGCAGCAACUAUAUCAGUUGAGACCUGCAGCAAAUGG